GACAACGUCGGGUGCGUGUUUUAACUCUUGUGGCGCUGCCCCCCCUCCAUCCACACUUUUAUUUUACGAUUUCUCUGUCUCUCCACUUGCGAGUCGGAUCUCACUUCUUUCUUUGUAUACAACGACAUUUGUCUUGGGGAAAUUGACGUGCGUUCUCAAUUCUGCCUUUUGUCUUGAUUGAACGAUAGAGACAAAGAGAGACAAAGAAGGAAAGUACAACUAAAAAACUAAACAAUAUCGUGACCAUUAAAAGUUGGGAGCCAUUUUCAGACAUCCAGUGGAAAUUCCAUAUUUGCAUGUUGUGACCGUGAGAAGAGGAAGUUUGGCUUGUUCUGUUCGGAGAGUCGAGUCUGCCAUCAAAUAUAUACACAUAAGAAGGAAGCCUCGCAGCUUGUGUUUUUGCUUAUUGUGCCAAUUGUUUGUCGUCGGUUGCGGCACGAAAGACUGGAUCAAAAUUAAGGAAAUGUGAAAUUGGAGCCACUGUGAAAUGGAAGAAAAAGUCGCCCGAUCUGCCGGCGUGAAAUUGUGUCGUAAUCAUCGACAAGUGACCGGACUGCCAUCGCAGUGGACGUACUGAUUCGGAUGCGGAAGCGCCGCUCGUUGUCGAUUGUAAGGGCCGGAGAUUGGCCGGCCUGGUAUGAUGAACCACGUCCAUCCCGUUCACGUUUCACACCUGGUGCUGCCAUGAGCCGCUUUGGGGUUAGCAGUUGCUCUCGUCUCUCGCUGACGUUGUUUUUCCUCGUCGUUUUGAACUCGAUGUUGUUUAUGGCCGUUGGAGCAGCUCCCGUCACAUCCGUGUCCAACGAUAGGAGGAGCAGUGCCGGAUCACGCACAUCUUUAAGCCGCUGCCCAGCCAUUUUCAACCCGAUCCCUAUGGUUGCCAAUGCCAAAGUUGCCAUCAGUUCCGAUCAAACUGCCCAAAAUGGCCAAUCGAAUGCAACGGAACCGUCAACGUGUCGCUACUUUUUGACGAAACGUUUUGGGACGCUGACGACGCCCGGCUUCCCGUCGGCUUUCCCCUUGCCGUUCAUGUGCAGUUGGAUCAUCAACGCGACGGGAUUUGAGGCCGACUCGUUCGUGACUCUUUACCUGACGCAGAUGUACCUGACUCGCGGCGUCAAAGCCGUCCAGUACUCGUUCCGCAACGAGACAACCGCCAUCGGUCGCAAGGAGCUGGACGAGCUGCACACACUUCGUCCCCGGCCGUAUUCCGUCUACAGGAUCAAAGCGCGGUACCUGGAAGUGCAGGUGAACCUGGACGAGUUGGUCAACGCCAACCUGCGAGUCGAGCGCCGGUUCAUGGACGUUUACGGCUUCAACAUCACGUACGAAAUCCAACCAAACACUUCGCGCAUUCGCUCCGAUACGUGCAACGUCGCCAACUGCACAUUUAACGGCCACUGUUACGCCAAUCACAAUUACAGCCAGUUCCAGUGUUCCUGUCUGCCGGAUUUCUCUGGAAAGUAUUGCCAAUAUGGUCCCGAAUGCAAUCCAGCCAAAGGAAUCAACGUCUGCAAAAACGGCGGCGUUUGUGGGUACCGCAGCGGUUUGACGGUUGUGCGCUGCAGUUGUCCGCCCAAUUACAACGGAAGUUUGUGCGAGUUUCGCCGUGAAUUCAUCCCCUCCAAAGAGUGCCUUUCACGGUUCCGGUUAAACUGCAGCCACCACUGCGCCGUAACGGACAAGGGAGGAGCCGCUUGCCGCUGCCCGUUCGAUCAGGCCUUGAGAUCCGACAAUGUGACCUGCUAUCCGCUCGUGCCACUGAGAAUCGUUGGACAGGUUGAACUGGACAGACCGAUCACUUUUAAUGACACACGAUUGGUGGACGGAGUCACGACCGAGUUAAGGAAAAUGGCCGACGAACUCACAGCAUUCAAGCUGGUGAUAGGUUCUGUCGAUCUUCUCGAACCUAAUUCGAAUCGGCUUCAGUUCAUCAUGUGGAAUUCCGAAAGGUACAAUAUGAGCUGGACGAACGCGGCUCAUCAGCAGGGUCCCAUGACGGCGCCCGCAAAAGGACGAACCUCUUCGCUCCUCAAAAUAGGGUCCUCUUGGACUGGCGUCAAGAAGAGGAUGCCGCGUGACAUCAUAAAUCCAUUCCCCAUCACCUACAUCCCACAGCAGUGGAACAACUCUUAUUCGUCCUUCGUCAACCAAAUAAACACGAAAACAUGGAAAGUGCAGGGCGAGGCCAUCGCCAUUCGAAACCUCAGCAUUGUCCAAGUUCCAGCUCUCAUCAUCGAGUGGGUAAAACUGGACGUCAAAGGUCAGGUUCGUGAAGGCUAUCCCUUCACAGUGGCAUGCAACGCAAACGGUUCGGGCAGGAAAGAUUUGAAAAUGGGCUGGUUCAAGGAUGGCCAUAGGGUGGACGACUCUUUUGCUCUGGCGCGCAACGUGUCCAUCUUCAUCCACGAGAAACAGGACCUUCGAGGAUUCUUCACGUUUUAUUUGGAGGUGAAACAGGCGUCGUUAGCUGAUCGUGGCGAAUUUGAAUGUCGGGCCACUGACUGGGGACAGACUGUCCGGAAGAGCGUCUUUCUCGACGUCAUCACUCCUCCCAUUCUCGACCUGAUGCCCAUCAAUCCCGUUGUCCUGCCGGGAACGGCCGUGAAUUUGACGUGUCGUGAUGAGAACCAUCUGGCCCGGCGGACGACGACCAAGUACGUUUGGUUGAAAAAUGGCCGGCCGAUUGGAUCGUCAUGUGAUGAGAUCAUUGAAGAUUUGACGCCAGUCGGGAGUCUUUUGAAAAUCACUGCGAUUCAGCAUAGCACCAAUUACUCAUGCCGAGGUGAAAAUGGAACCAAACUGGCAAACAAGACGACGCACAUUUUUGUUGUUCGUCCGGACAGAGCCUGUCCCCAGGAGAAGAACCGGGGCGUCGAAUGGCUUAUGACGGCAGUUGACGUCACCAAUUAUCAAUUCUGUCCAGCCGGAUACGUUGGCGUGACAAGGAGACGUUGUCUCUCCGUUAAACAGCCGAUAGACAACAGCGAAAUCGCAGCGACUGCAGUUCGGGAAUUUUGGAAAUGGGGCGAACCAGAUUUUUCCGACUGCAGUGAUCGUGAAGUCACCGAACUCUACCGUCAGUUGAAGUUGAUCACUUUGGGCUAUGCCGUCACCGAUAUUGCCUCCAUCAUCAACAAAUUUGCCGAUUUCAUUCAAAGGAAACUCAAAGAUUUUGCAGAUCUGAAAAGUGCGGAGACCGAACAGACAACCCAAUUCCCUUAUCUGCCUGGUGAAGGCAACGCUCUGCUAGAAAUAGCCAUGAGCUUGGAGGCUUUUCUCUGGAAAAGGACAGAAGUUUUACCACAGUCCUUCUGGAACUCGACAGCUAUUCAAUACUUGUAUGCACUUGAUGCCCUGUUAUCCAUGCCAAAAGACUUUUUCCGCUUGGAUGGAGGAAUACCGAUCCUGCGAUUCAUCCAGAAUCACUUGACUCUGUUAGGCAUCAGUCCGAAAGGAGGAUAUCCUCUUGGUGCCAUUGAAUCGCAUCUAUUAAAGAACAGCGACAUUGACACCGACUUAAAUAAGAAAGAGCUCAAGUACAAAGAACGUUUGAAAUUCUUGCCAAGUCAAACAGGUUUCAAAAAUCUUACGCAACUUGCGCCCGCCCAAUUCUUUCUCAAUAAACCAAACGGUUCCAACGUGACGAUGGAUUUCUUUUCGACGGUUGAACAACUGCAGAUAAGGGGCGGUGAAUAUAUUUGCGCCUUGUUGCUCCUUCAACCCACAAAUCAUUCCCGUGGAUGGGACUAUUGGGACAUGAAUUCUUGUUCCAUCGAACGGCUGUCGGACCCGUCUGCGUUCCGCUGCCUUUGCUCUCAUCAAGGGACAGUUGUUUUGCUGUACGCAGAAAGGGACUCGAUGCAGCACACCGAUGCAACAUUUGACCUGUGGAAAAUCAUCGUUUUUGUUGCCUCCACAUCCAGUUUCAUUGUCGUAAUUGGCGUCAUUGUUUUGUCGAUCAAAUGGUAUCGGCAUCGCUGUGUUUGGGCUUGGUUUCAAAUCCAGUUAGGGGUUGCACUUGUCCCACCUUCUUCUGUCUAUUUUUUGCCAACCGAAUCCAUCAUUUCCGACCCAUUCUGGACCAUCGUGUUGACUGUGGCGACUUAUCAAUUCGUGACGACCGUUUGGGCCAUGAUCAUGUACUUGAAAAUGAACGCUAUCCACCGUCCGGAUGAAGAGGAAGUUUCGGAUAAGUUUAAUCAGAAUAAUGUCAGACUGGUUGGCUUGUCGAUAGGUAUUCCACUGUCGUUGUCGGGUGUCCAGAGUUUGAUUGAAGAAUUCUCAACGGGAUCGCCGUUCGUUAGCUGGUUUUCCCAGCUCAGCUCCAUCUCUGGGAUCUUUUUUUGUUUGAUUUAUUGUACGUUAUUGAUUGCUAUCCUAUCCUUGUAUGUCAUGUCGACACGGGUAAGGGACGUUUCUUCUGAGAAGUUCAACGCCUUCACUCAAGAGGUUCCUAAUGUAACGGAGAUCAGUUCCGGAUACAACCAACGCUGCCUACUGCUAGCAAUUUUGAGCCUUCUAUUGACUGGAACUAUGUUGAGUCAUCUUCGUUGGAUGUCGCUUAGCGCACACUGUAUUGCCGCAUUUUUACAUCUGCUAGAAGUUUUACUGGUUUUCGCUUUGAUGAUGACGUUCAGCGGUACAAACUACACCUGUUCUUUAUUGUGUUUUUGGCGCCGGAAUAAAUUACCCGAAGGAGAAACGGUGAAUGAAUUACUCAACGCAACGGCUAUGGUAGAGAGCCCACAGAGAAGGAACCUGCUGUCGCAGGAACAAAUUCCGGUCGACGAUGAAACAUUGAAGACAAUCAAUAAAACGAAAAGGACAAGUCAGCCUAGUGUGGAUGACACCGUGUUUCCCGCACCUAAAAGAAGCAAAAGAUGUAACCGGGCGGGUCCAGCUUCGUCUCCUUUACUUCAGCGAGCCGGACUGGGUCCUGAAGUGUUGCGGGCGUUCGGCGUGGAACCGCAGUCUUCGCACCAACUUGUUGGCAAAACUACUGGAUGCCUUCAAGCAGAAAACACAUCUGCAAACGGACCGGGAGAUGCGAUAAGAUCUGGUAGAGAUCGAGUCAAUUCCAUUGCCACGUGUGAUGGAUUGCAACGGGACGACAUGGAUUCAGGAUUUGGACCCAGUGGCGGUGGUGGAAGUCAAAAAUUAAACGGAUUGGAUAGAUUUUCUGACGCAUGGAAGUUCUUGAGUCGAAUCCGCUGGAAUUUGCCGCUACGCGGAUUCCCUUCGAAUGGGAGCACCAGCGGUGGAGGUUCAUUUCGGUCACGACAAAGCACGAUGAGUAGCGCUACAACGGCGGAAUUUGGUGGUGAACAAAGUAGCAGUGUGACGACUGAAGAGACGGAGGUUCAGAUCCGGGAGUCUGAAGAUGCUGAAUCCUUGAUGGCCCCCUAUAGAUUGAGACGAUCGAGGACACGGUGGACUGACGACUACGGCCGAGAAAAUGAACUCGACUCCAGGGAAGUCAGUAAUUUGACUAUAAAAUGCAAACCGUAUAGAGGUCGAUGUUUCAUCCGCUGUUCGCCGGAAAAAAUCGGAUCCAAUGCCCUGUGGAACCAUCAGUGUCAGGACGUAAUUAGCGACAGGCAAGCGAGUUGGUUCCCAACGCAAAACGACAGCUGCGAACGAUGCUGGCACAACCCAGAAACUCCAUUUUGCGACAUCUGUCUCACAGAUGUCAAUUCUCAUCCCGUUCAGAAUCGUCAGGGAACCAUGUUCGUCCGAGCUGUCAUCGAAAAUCCACCUAAACUUCCGAAUAAAGACGACUGCGAAUACUUGAAAAUGGAUGCGGCGGGAAGCCUGGCCGUCGAUCAACAGCGUGUUAAACGGCUUCAGGUCUACUACAACACAACCGUUAAACCGGCGACCCAAACCACAAAUGAUGGCGAUUUCAACAGGAUCAAUAAAAAAAAGUUGAUGAGCUGCGCAUCCAUUAAAAAAUCCUCUUGCAUAUCUCCGUCUUCGUUGCGUCCAAAGAAAAUUCACAGCGAGCAAGUCGUCAAAAAGUAUCGAAUCUCGUCGGACAUUCCACUCACAACGGACGUGCAUCCUGCUGAACGUCUCUUGCUAAGGGACCAAACUUUCACCGACCUCCGUCACUCAUAUUGAACCUGUUUGUCUAAACCUAAUUCAUACUUUUAUUAGCAAUGAAUUAACAAAUCCUGAUACCUGAUUCUUCGUCCCCGUGGACCAGUGUAAAACAUCGAUUAACAAAGUAUUGUUGAAUAUGAUUUUGUAUGUGAACUGAUCUAAUGCAACAGCAUGGAUGGGCGCGAGUAUUCAAAACUUCUAGUCAACUCGUUCUGAAAACCAGUGAUUGCCUCUUGAAAUUAAUUUUUACUUCAAUCCAUUUAAUGGAAAAAGACCAAAUACCAAAGAACACCUUCCCUCCCCAACCCAUUUCUCGUAGUAUGCUAUCAGUAAUUGUAUAUGCAUGCGAACGACAGCUACUUUCUGCUUCCCCCUCCUCCCCUCCUUAAUUCUGUUCGUUUUCUACUGGUCUACUGGAUUUCUAUCUUUCUACCUCCGGAUGCAUCCGCAAUCGUUGAAAACCAGUGCUUUUUGUGUGUCAUUUUAAUUUCGGUGUUUUAUAUUCUUCUGGAUACAGUAUCAGUACGUGUUUGUUGGAAAGUGCGAAAAAGACAUUCCCUCAGGCCGCUUUUCACUCCAUGGAUGACUACUGGCUUUUCUUGCAUAUCAACGUUAAGUACUUUGUAGUUUUGUGACAGCAGCUCAAUGGAUUCGAUUUCCUCCAAGUUUACUUUGGCUAUGACGCAUGUUUUCUGAGCUUUAAAUUUCCAUCUCAUACCUUACAUUAAGAAAUGUUGCACAAUGGCGUUAAAGGGAUGUUGAACUGAAUGACUGAAUCAAUGACGAUGUAUGUAUAACAUAAGCUUAAAAGCCAUUGGUAAUUUCAAUGUUGUUUUUGUAUUUACGUAUUUCCGUGUAGUGUACAUAAAGUGUAAUCGAUAUUUAUUUAUUUUGAGCAGUUGUUAGUGUUAGCUAACUCUCUUUCUUGACGUCCCCGUGUUACACUAUUUAGAAAGGUUGGUAGGCUUUCAUCAACACGCCACACCUUUUCAACUACAGACGCUCAAUUUAUUUGUGGACCUAGCAGGUGUUUCUUAUAUGAACCCAUAGCCAUUUAUAAUUGAACAACACUGGUAACUGACUCCAACUCAACGUGCGGUGAAGUAAUGCAGCUUAGUUAUUAGGGUACCGCGUUUUUAGUCUUGCUUGCGAAUUAAGUUUUUUUGUAUAAUGUAUGAAUCGCAAACAAAUAUACUGUAUUUUUCCAUGCAA